AUGGGCAAGAAAGCAAAUAAGGCUACUCGCAAGUUUGCUGCUAGCGGACAGCUGAAGAAAACCAUUGACGCGAGGAGGAAGCACCAGCAAAUUAAGCGUAAAGCGGACGCUCGGCUGAACAGGAAACAUGCUGGGAAGGCACCGGGGAAGGGCAAAGGCAAAGAGAGGGAGACGAGCGAAGCUGAGUCGGGUCUCGAGGAUGACGCUCAGGAAGAUGAAGAGGACGUGAAGGCUGGGAAGCAGAGAAGGGGGGAGGGUAAGAAGAUGACUGUCGAUGAUUUCCUGGGCGGGGAGUUCAUGCAAGAUGACGACGAUGACGAGAUGGACAGUGAAGCGGACGAAGGUUCCGGAGCUGAAGACGUGGACAGCAACCAGUCUUUCUCAGACGUCGACGAUCUUGAUGAUGACGGAGAUGACCACAUACAGGAGCUUGCAAAGCUCGCUGACAAGGACCCGGAGUUCUACAAAUAUCUUCAAGAGAACGAUCCGGAGCUCUUGCGAUUCACGGCCGGCGAAGCGGAUGACGGUGACGAAGACGCGGAUAUGGACGAUGCGGAAGAGGGCGCGGAGGAGGAGGCAGAGGAGGUGAAGGCACCGGUCCUCACUAAGGAAGUGUUGAAGGGAUGGCAGAAAGCGAUGCUUCAGCAAAGAUCGCUGCGCGCUCUCCGAAAGCUCCUGGUUGCGUUUAGGGCAGCCACGCACAUGAACGAGGAAGAUCAGGUCCUUGCUUGGAAUAUCGACAGCCCAAGUGUUUACAACAAACUUGUGACCACCGCAUUCCGUUAUACACCUGUCGUUUUAGAACAUCAUAUGCCUUAUAGGACACUUCCCAACGGAAAAUACAAACCUCCAACGCAGGCUCACAAGUUCAUCACCUUGAACAAGCUUGUUCUCUCGUACUUCCACAAUGUCAUACACAUUGUCGACCAACUCACCGAUCCCGAGAUGGUCGAGCUGGCCGUGUCGGAGAGUGCGAAACUCCUUCCAUACGUCGUGGGCAGCCGGAAGGCCGUGAAGACUUACCUCAAAAUGUGCUUGGGUCUUUGGUCGAGUGCGCAAGAUCAAGUGAGAAUAGCGGCAUACCUCGCGAUGCGUCGUUUGAUCUCUUCGACGGACGACUCCAUAAUGGAUCUCGUCCUGAAGGGCGUGUACCUCACCCUGGUCAGGGCGUCAAAGACAACGACGCCGCAUACUCUCCCUUCCAUCAACCUGAUGAAAAACUCAGCUUCUGACUUGUAUUGCGUCGAUCAUGCGACAGCAUACCAGCAUGCGUUCGGCUAUAUUCGACAACUGGCCGUACAUCUUAGGAAUAGUAUGAAGACUAAGACAAAAGAAUCUUACAAGCUGGUGUACAACUGGCAAUAUGUGCACUCUGUGGACUUCUGGUGUCUUGUGCUUGCUCGGGCUUGCGAUAAACAAGCAACAGACCAACGGGGCGGGGAAGAGAGCCAGCUACAAGCGCUCAUCUAUCCGCUCGUCCAGGUGACUGUCGGUGCGAUCAAGCUCGUAUCCGCUCCACGAUCGUUCCCGUUCCACUUACAUCUCUCGCGUUCGUUGCUUCACUUGACGCAACACACGCAUACCUACGUCCCAAUGUCUCCUUAUCUUCUUCCCAUUAUCACUUCCGCUCUCUCGGCCCAGGCCAAAAAGGCGGCCACACUAAAGCCCCUUGACAUGGAGACUCAUAUCCGCGCGCCGCAGCAGUACGUCAAGACUCGCGUCUACGCCGAGGAGUUGGUGGAAGACGCUACGUUCAUCCUCGCGGAAUGGCUUGCCAGCCGACCUGUACAGGGCAGCAUCGCUUUCCCCGAAAUUGCCGUGCCCAUUACGAUUGUUCUGCGUAAAGCUCUUAAGAGUGCGACAAAAUCCAAACAGUCCGGCGGGGGAAAGGGCAAGCCGUCUGGAAAGGAAGCAUCGUUCGUUAAAGGGCUCGUCGACCGCAUCGAGGAGAGCGCAAAAUGGGUCGAGCAACAGCGGAAAAGCGUCGAGUUCGCGCCAAAACAAACCUCUCAGGUCCAGGAGUGGGAGCGUGCCGUCAAGGUGGAGGAAAGCCCGCUCGGCAAAUAUGUCAAGGUGCAGAGAAAGGCACGGGAAAAGCGACGGCAACUCAUGGACAAGGCCAGAGAAGGGGAAGACGAGAUACUGGACGAGUGAGUUUAGUUCUCCCGACCCUGAACGGCGAGGUGCAUUUCGCACGGCGCACAUGCAUGCUGUUGCGCCGGAAGAAUCACAAUAUCCCAGGGUGACCAAGGACGGGUGGCACGGUGGCCGUGUGGCUUGACUUCCGUGAUGACGGAGAAUCGACGACGCAUGGCUUGCGUCGCACCGGCGGCGGUUAGGAGUCUUCCGCGUUCCGCACUUCGUAACACGUGUACCGUAAGAGUGCAGGACCGAUGGCGCGAUGUACCAUAGUAGGCAGUUAUGAUCUUUGCCGUUGGAGCGGUCCACGGUAGCGAGCGAUGGGAAGCGCGCGAAUAAGACCCCUUUUUGAUCGGCAAGCGGGUGGGGACACGACGACAAUUCCGCGUCAUCACCAUACACCGAAGAAGAUUUUCCACCAUGGGCGAGCGAUCCCGCGAGCACUCUUGUCGUAGCCCUCGAUCAGUCUGUCGUAGUAGAGGGGCAUCCCCGCUGGCUUCAGCGUCUUCGGAGUGAGCGGGUAUUUCUUCUGGAACGCAUUGUUUGCGAGAGCGCGUGCAGCAUCCACGGCUUCCGGUGUCAGACUCGGAUGGUUCGAGAGCGAAUUCAGGAAUGUCUUCACUUGAAGGUUAGGCCGGAAUGGAUCCGCUGGCCAACCUGCCGCAAUACUCCGCAAAGCCUGCUGAGUGCUCCGC